CACAACCACCAGAGCUACCGCCACAGCAACCACAGCGACCACAGCCACCACAAAGGCCGCAGGCAGCAUGGUCCUGGUGCACGUCGGUUACCUGGUGCUGCCCGUCUUCGGCUCCGUCCGCAACAGAGGUGCUCCUUUUCAAAGGUCUCAGCAUCCCCAUGCUACCUCCUGCCGGCAUUUCCUGGGCCCCCAGCCUCAGCUCUCCACUGAUUUCACCCUGCCUCAUGGGGUGCAGCCCCAGCCCGGGCUGACCCCCCACAUGGCCCCUGCUCACCACCAGCACAGUGGUCCCCUGCACCAGCCCCUGGCACCCGUGCCAGCCCUGCCCUUCCAGGACGUGGCUGGACCCUCCUUCCUACCUCAGGCCCUUCACCAGCAAUACCUCCUCCAGCAGCAGCUCCUUGAGGCACAGCACCGCCGGAUCAUGCCCCAUCCCAGGAGGGCUCAAGAGCGCAUGUCAGUUCAGCCCCACCGCCUGCAUCCGAGCUUUGACUUCAGCCACCAACUGCAAACUCCACAACCCAUGGGGCCCCAGCCCAGGUAUUUAGCUGAAGGCACGGACUGGGACCUCAGUGUUGAUGCAGGACUGACCCAUGCCCAGUUCCAGGUCCGUCCUGUCCCUCAGCCUUAUCAGCAUUACCUAGCUCGGGUGCACCAUUUCCCCAGAAACACAUCCUCAACACAGAUGGUUGUUCAUGAGAUCAGAAAUUAUCCUUAUCCUCAGCUUCAGCUACUUGCCCUCCAGGGACUGAACACAAGCAGACACACAUCCGCUGUGCGGGAGAGCUAUGAAGAGCUGCUGCAGCUGGAGGACAGGCUGGGCAGUGUCAGUCGGGGUGCCGUCCAGAAUACCAUUGAGAGGUUCACCUUCCCUCACAAGUACAAGAAGAGAAGACCACAGGAGGGCAAAGCUGAGCAAGAGGAUGGAGAGGAGUCAGACACCGACGAGAAAUGCACAAUCUGUCUGUCCAUGCUUGAAGAUGGGGAAGAUGUCAGGCGGUUGCCAUGUAUGCAUCUCUUCCACCAAGUGUGUGUGGACCAGUGGCUGGCCACCAGCAAGAAGUGCCCGAUCUGCAGGGUGGACAUUGAAACACAGCUCAGCUCAGACAGCUGAAAAGGCUGGCUGGACACACCGUUUUCCUUACCAGGUCUUACGGCCAUAAACCCUUGCAGUGAAAUCUUUUUUUGCCUUCUGAGCCAUUUGAUUGA